AUGGAGCAGCAACAGGCGGACUGCAGCACAGCUGCGAGCUGCUGCAGCACGCCAGCAGCAGCAGCAGAGGCCCCCAGGGCCUCCGCUUUGCCCUCUUUCCUGCGGCGGAUGCUGCCGGACUUUCUGAGCGACAACCCUUACUUCUGCGCUGGCUUUGGCCUUGCAGGCCUGGGUGCUGCUGCUUCCCUCACCCGCGGGGCCGUGCGCACGGCCAAGGCCUUCGCCCGCCGCCGUUUGCUGACUUCUUUGGAGGUCCCCAUAAGAGACCCUGCCUACCCCUGGGUCAUGCAGUGGCUUGUUGCGAAUCCUCCCCCUGCAGGCCGGGCAACGUACAAGAAGCUGGGGCAUCUCUGCGCAGUCAAGCGAAAGCAGCAGCAGCAGCAACGGCAGCAGCAGCAGCAGCAGCAGCAGCUAGAUGUGUGUGAGUUCAGGGGGAAGUGCUCGCUGCACUUGGGAGUGGAGACAACAUACGGCAAGGACGCUGCGGGGAACGUCGAGGCCGUUUUCAACUUCGUCCCGAGCCCAGGGCAGCACUUGCUGCGGUACAAGGGGGCGCUGCUGCUGAUAGACCGGCAGCGCUCUGGAGAGGUGGUGGACUUCAGCUCCGGCUCUCCCUGGGAGACUCUGACGCUCACCACGCUUUCCCUCUACAGAGGCCGCAUCACCGAACUCGCGCUGCUGUUGCUGCUGCUGCUGCCUUGCGCAGUGCAUCCCCUGAAACUGCUGCGGUUAAAGCUCCCUGAGGAAGGCGUGGCUGAGAGCAUCUUGGCGGACGUGCGCCGCUUCCUGGCCUCUUCUCAGUGGUACCUCCAAAGAGGCAUUCCUUACCGCCGGGGCUAUUUGCUGCACGGGCCCCCCGGCUGCGGCAAAAGCAGUUUCGUGUUGGCCCUGGCUGGGGAGUUGAAGUACAGCAUUUGUGUCCUCAAUGUCGCGGACCCCCACUUGACCGACGACAGGCUCCAGUACCUCCUUGCGACAGUUCCCCCGCGCUCUCUGCUGCUGCUGGAGGACAUCGACGGAGCCAUUCGUCGCUCCGAGGCAGCAGACGGAAAGGCUGCUGCAGCAGCAGCAGCAGAUCGGCCUUCCCUCACGCAGCUCUCUCUAAACCCUUUCGGCACAAGAAGCAUCACCUUCAGUGGACUCCUAAACGCGCUUGACGGCGUGGUGGCAACGGAAGAACGCAUCAUAUUCCUGACUACAAACCAUCCGGAAAGGCUGCCCAGCUCCCUCAUCCGCCCCGGGCGCGUCGACCUGAAGGUCCGCGUGGGCUUCGCCACGCCGGACCAGCUCAGGCGCCAGUUCUUCCGCUUUCUGCCGGAUGCCACGGCCGAGACUGCAGAGGAAUUUGUUUCUUUGUUAGCUCCCCUGCAAAUUAGCAUGGCGGAGCUCCAGGGUUUCUUUUUAUUCUGUAGAGAUGACAGCCGUCAGGCCCUCGAAAUGGCCAAAGCCUGGAGAGAGGCGGACCAACAAGUUGUGCAGGAAAUGCAGCUCAAGCAGCAAAGGGAAAUGCAGCAGAAAGAAGAACAGCAACAGCAGCAGCAGCAGCAGCAGCAGCAGCAGCAAAACAGUCCCCAACAGCAAGAGCGAGAGCUGCCGCAGGCGGCGCAGCCACAGCAGCAAGGCAGUUCGCCAAAGAAGGCCAGCUAA